AUGUCUGAGCCGCACGAUUACGAUGUACUUAUCGUCGGUGCUGGAUUUGCAGGCGUACACCAACUUCUCAACAUUCGCAAGUUGGGUCUUACAGUAAAGGUUCUUGAAAUAGGCGAAGACCUUGCCGGAACUUGGUUGUGGAAUAGAUACCCAGGCGCGGAGUUCUUCAUUCACCGUCUCCAGUUUGGUGCUCGUGUUGACUCUCCAAGCCCUUUCUACCAAUUCUCUGAUCCGGAGCUUUGGCAAGAUUGGACAUAUACUGAAAAAUAUCCAGAUUGGAGAGAAAUCCAAGCAUACUUCCGAUAUGUGAAUGACAAGUUCGACGUGAAGCGGGAUGUGGUUUUUCAUUCCCGGGUUGCUUCCGCCCACUGGAACGACUUAGUUGAUCGAUGGACCGUUACUACAGAGGAUGGUCGGGUCUUUCGGGCUCAGUUUUUGAGCUUGUGCACCGGUAUAGGAUCGAAGCAUCAUAUUCCUAUAUUCAAAGGGAUUGAUACGUUCCAAGGAGAUGUGUACCAUAGCGCGAGAUGGCCAGAGAAGUACGAUUUCAAGGAUAAAAGGGCUGGGAUCAUUGGCACCGGGGCUACAGCCAUCCAAAUCAUCCAAGAGAUCGCUCCUCAUGUAGCCCACCUCACUGUAUUUCAGCGCACACCAAAUUUGGCUCUUCCCAUCAGGCAACAAAGCAUAAGUGCAGAAGCAGAAGAAAAAUUAAAGAAGGACCUCUAUCCUGUUUUCUUCAGACGCCGGGGCCAGACUUUUUCUGGAUUCGACUACGACAUCGAUCCCAAAUCCGUCCCCGACACAACGCCAGAAGAGCGUCUUUUGGCUUUCGAGGAAAAGUGGGAAAAAGGUGGACUUCACUUCUGGGUGGGAUCUUAUGCCGACUUGUUCAUGAACCAAGAGGCUAACGACGAAGCUUACGCUUUCUGGAGGGAGAAGGUCAGGGAAAGGAUUCCGGAUCCUGAGCUCCAGGAGAAGCUCGCGCCGAUGCAAGCGCCACAUCCGUGGGGUGUCAGACGUCCGAGCUUGGAACAGAGGUACUUCGAGGUUUAUUCGCAGCCGAAUGUGACACUUGUCGAUGUUAACAAGGCUGCGAUUGAGGAAAUCGUUCCGAACGGCCUGAGGACUAGCGAUGGGACAGUACAUGAACUGGAUAUUUUGGUAUUCGCAACAGGCUUUGACAUGAUCACUGGAGGUAUCACUUCCAUUGAUAUCCGCGGACAGGAUGGUCUUUCUAUCAAAGAGAAAUGGGCUAACGGUGUCAAGAGCUAUCUGGGACUGGCUAGUGCUACUUAUCCCAACAUGUUUUGGAUAUAUGGACCGCAAUCUCCAGCAGGACUGAGCAACGGUCCCAGUAGCAUUGAAAUGACGAGCGAAUGGAUCAUUAAUUGCAUAAAUUACUUGAAGCAGAACAAAUUUUCUAGCAUAGUCCCUAUAGAGGAAGCACAGCUUGCUUAUAGCGAACAUGUCGACCAGCUCGGAGCGGCUGCUUUGUGGUUCAAAGCGAAGAACUCGUGGUAUAUGGGGAGCAAUAUUGAAGGGAAGAAGGUACAGAUGUUGCAGUUUCCAGGAGGUCUCCCUGCAUAUGCCAAGUUAUGCAAUGAUUCUGCGACAGACAGUUAUGAUGGAUUCCAUCUAAAAUGCUCUAUUUGA